AUACCUGCUUGCACAUUUAGCAGGAAGGAGGUCCAUGGCAGCAUGGCAAGCAAGCAUAUGGUUCUACCGGAAACAGUUGAACCUGCAGUUGCUGCCACAGAUGAUGAGGCUGCGUCAGCCGUGAGGUCAGGCGGUCCCAAAAAUGACGCAGACAAGAAAAUGGAAGCAGGAAAGGGACAAACAGAGAAACAAGGAAGACAGAGCAGAAAGGAGGUGCAUGACAGUGAGACAGUGCCAAGAAAGAGGUUUCUGCUUGAAAGGGAGAUGAAGCAAAAAUUGGAAGAGGAAAACCAAAGCCUCAAAAAGGAGCUCACCGCAGAAAGGCAGCUUUGUAGGAAGCUACAAGAGGCGCUGCUCGAAAUGCAUGGUUGAAGAGGCCACCACAGCUCCACGUAAUAUAACCCCUCCAGAAUCAUCAGUUUUGUUGCCUUCGAGAGAGGACAGCAAGAUGUCAAAUGUAAUAAUUAUUGCGCACUCUUUUUGUGUAAGCGAUUGGUGUGUUACACAAACCAUGAUUUACUUUGUGCACCCUUGUUUUUGCACAUAACAUGCCUAUGUGCCGGUAAUAAUA